AUGGAUCUCGAGAACGAAAAGAAGACCCUUGUCGAGGAACCCACGACAACAACUAUACAAGAUGAUGGAGAGAAACAAGCAAAGAUGGGUGAUCUAUGGCGCGCUUUCCAAUUUGCUGAUCGUCUCGAUAUGUUCUUGAACAUCACAUCACUCAUCUGUUCAAUCGCGAGCGGAGCAACCAUGCCUUUAAUGACGAUCAUAUUCGGACAAUUCACAGGAAAAUUUGCAGAUUUUGCUGGAGGUUCAGUAGACACUGACGACUUCAAAUCUGAAGUCAACUCCUUCCUGCUCUGGUUUAUCUACCUCUUUGUUGCCAAAUUCAUCCUUGCCUACAUCGCAACAACGUCUAUCACGAUAUCCGGUAUCCGAACAACACGAGUACUCAGACAGAAGUUUCUCGAAAAGCUUCUACGAACCGAGAUCUGGUACUUUGAUACGGCCAACGUAGGGUCCCCUGCAACUCAGAUGACUACCAAUGUCACUCGAAUCAACCAAGGUAUCGCUGAGAAGUUGUCUCUCCUGGUUCAAGGACUCUCCAUGUUUGUCUCAGCUUUCGUGGUGGCGAUCGCAGUUCAAUGGAAGCUAGCCCUCAUCACACUUACGGUCGUGCCUCUAUUCUUCUUCAUCAUGGGUGUCGGCAUGACAAUUGCUGCGCCCAUCGAAGCAGGAAUCACGGGUACUCACUCAAAAGCCAACGUCUUCGCACAAGAGGUUCUGGCAUCGAUCAGGACAAUCCACGCGUUCUGGGCUCAAGACAGAAUGGUCGACCGUUAUCAUCAAUAUCUCAAGGAAGCUCAUGCUUAUGGUAAGAAGAAGUCGGUUCUUUGGGGAGUCAUGAGCUCGUCUACGUACUUUUGCAUGUACUCUGGGAAUGCCUUGGCCUUUUGGCAAGGCUUCCGCAUGUAUCAAAACGGCGAGAUUGAUUCUGUUGGCACUGUUUUCACUGUCGUUCUCUCCGCUCUCCUCGCUUCAUCGUCGAUCGGCCUACUGUACCCUCAGAUCCCAGCCCUUACCAACGGCGCAGCAGCAGCAUCUGAGCUGUUCAAGAUAUUCGACAAGCCAUCUCUUCUAGACCCUCUUGUCGAUGAGGGCACGGUCCCUCAAACAUGCCAUGGACAUAUACAGGCCGAGAAUCUUUCUUUCUCAUACCCUUCGCGACCUGAUACACAAGUGUUGAAGGACAUCAGCCUGGACAUCCCCGCUGGUAAGACGACAGCCUUUGUCGGCGCGAGUGGCUCUGGUAAGAGUACCGUCAUUGGCUUGUUAGAGCGAUGGUAUAUGCCAACCUCAGGACGUCUGUUGCUUGAUGGUGUGGAUGUGUCAACUCUCAAUGUCAAAUGGUUCCGAUCUCAGAUGUCUCUCGUUCAACAGGAACCUGUGCUCUUCAGAGGCACCGUAUUUGAGAACGUGUCCAGGGGAUUCACCGAAGCCCAGAAAGCUCUCCCCACGGAGGAGCAGAGGAAGCUGGUUCAAGAAGCUUGCGAGGCCAGUUACGCACACGAGUUUAUUAAGAAUCUGGAGAACGGUUACGAUACUUACCUUGGCGAGCGAGGUGGCAGCCUCAGUGGCGGCCAGAAGCAGAGAGUUGCUAUCGCUCGCAGUGUCGUCUCAAACCCCAAGAUCCUACUGCUUGACGAAGCCACCAGCGCUCUCGACCCUACUGCCGAACGAAUUGUGCAGAAGGCCUUAUCACGUGUUUCCCAGCAACGGACUACACUCAUUAUUGCCCAUCGACUAUCGACUAUCAAGAACGCCGAUAACAUCGUGGUCAUUUCCGCCGGCCAAGUUGUCGAGCAAGGUACUCAUGAUGAGCUUCUAGCUGUUGAUGCUCAUUACGCUAGGCUCAUCCGUGCACAGAAUCUCACUGUUGUGGAUCACGACAACAAGACAGAGGUCAUUUCUAAGGAGAGCCCGGAUGAGCUCGACACGGAUGACACUCUGGAGCGAACCAUGACGGUUCAGACUCAGAAGUCCAUAGCUUUGGACAAGGCCAAGCAAAAUAAUAGAUCCAUUCUAUUAUCCAUCUUACUCAUCGUCAAGGAGCAAAGAGCUCUUCUCCCUCUUAUCAUUGUUUCUGCUGUCGGCUGCGCUCUUGCUGCGGCGACGUGGCCUGGUCAAGCUAUUCUCUUCUCACGAAUUAUCACUGCCUUCUCCAUUGAGCCCUCUGCUUCGGACGCCAACUUUUACGCCCUCAUGUUCUUCGUCAUCGCUCUCGGGAACCUGGUCGCUUACGGCAUCAUUGGGUACAUUUCCAGCCAUGUUGGUCAAGCAAUCUCGUACCGCUACCGCCUUGAGUUGUUCACCCGCAUGGUUGGUCUGGACAUUGAGUUCUUUGACCGAACCGAAAACUCAUCCAACGCCCUAGCCUCUAUUCUCUCGUCGAUCCCUGACCACCUCCAGGAGCUUCUUGGUCUGAACAUCUUUGUCAUCGUUGUGAUGAUUGCCAAUAUCACUGCCAGUUCGAUUCUUGCACUUGCAUAUGGAUGGAAGCUUGCUCUUGUCAUGAUCUUCGCUGGUCUACCUCUCCUAAUGGGAUCUGGAUACUUCAAAGUCCGUCUUGAGUCCAGACUACAUGACAGUAACGAGGCACGUUUUCGCGAGAGCGCAAGUCUUGCUAGCGAGGCUGUUUCCGCUUUGCGAACCGUUGCAUCUUUGACUGCCGAGAAUGACUUUAUCGAUCAGUACUCUGAGACUCUUUCCAGUAUUGUCGCCAAGUCUGUGAAGUCACUCUCUAUCUCUAUGACUGCAUAUGCUUUCUCGCAAUCAAUCGAGUUUCUUGUGAUGGCCCUUGGCUUCUGGUACGGCUCGCAACUCAUGACCUCUGGCGAAUAUACUGCUGAGCAGUUCUUCCUCAUUUUCCUCGGUAUUUUGUUCGCAGGACAGUCAGCAGCACAAUUGUUUGCCAACCUAACUAGUCUCACGAUGGCCCAAGGGGCUGCCAACUACCUCUUCAAUCUCCGUGGUGAGGAGACAACCGUUAUUCGAGAAACUGAUGAAAACAAGGACAGCGGUCCCGAUUUCGACCAAGCUAUUUCCGUUGACGAUGUCCACUUCAGGUACAAGAACCGAAGCACCAAGGUUCUUCAUGGUUUGAGUAUGGAUAUCAGCCCUUCUCAGUUUGUCGCGGUUGUCGGACCAAGCGGAUGCGGCAAGUCAACUUUGAUUUCCCUGCUUGAGCGUUACUACGACCCGACCCGUGGUAAGCUAUGCGUCGGCCAACAAGACAUCAAGAAUAUUUCCCCUCGGCUUUUCCGUUCACAGAUGUCUAUCGUCCAACAGGAGCCUGUUCUGUACGAAGGAACUGUACGAGAAAACAUCUUGAUGGGCUUGGAGGAUGAGGUUACCGACUCAAUCGAUGAAUGCCUCAACGAGGCAGCCCGCCAAGCGAACGUUCUCGACUUUGUUACAUCCCUCCCCGAAGGAUUCAACACUCCUUGUGGCGCUCGCGGCGCAGCAUUUUCUGGUGGACAACGCCAACGCAUUGCCAUUGCACGAGCGCUUAUCCGCAAACCUAAGCUUCUUCUCCUUGACGAAGCAACUUCAGCCCUGGAUACUCAUUCGGAAAGAUUGGUUCAAGAGGCUCUUGAGCAGACUAGGAAGGAGAGUGGAUGCAGUGUAAUUGCAGUUGCGCAUCGACUGUCUACAAUUCGAGAUGCGGAUAUUAUCUUUGUGGUUGUCGGUGGACAGGUAGCCGAGGCUGGAUCUCAUGAAGAGCUUCAAGCCAGAGGCGGAAUGUAUUCGGACAUGUGCAAGGCCCAGUCUCUGGAUAGAGAAGCAGGCGAUUCAUAG